AUGACGUAGUGAGAGAUUUUCGCUUUUCAUAAACGCUGAAUUUAAGAGCGAACUGAUUGGACCAUUGUUUGAUGAUAUUUCUUUUUUUGUUAUUAUUGUUCAUUUUCUAUAUGGUCUAUUGAGAGGAGAUAUUUUAUUUUGUGUAUAUUUCUAAUAUCAGUGUAAUAUCCCGAAAUUGAAAAUAAUUUUCAGUUUAACUUAAAAAAUAAGUUAUAGAGUUAUAUUAAAGAAAUUGAUUUCGUAUUUAUUUUAGUGAUAUAUUUCUUGAUUCUUUUCAAAAGAACCGUUCUAAAUAAAGUAGUAAAUUGUUUACUGCAGUUAUAUUUUUGUUGUGAAUAAAAUUUUAACUUUCAUUUAUGAUGAAAGCAAAUUCAAGACUGUUUGUGUAUUGGCUGAAAUUGAUUGAAAGUUAAAAACAAUUUAGUUUUCACGUGCUCAAUAAUGAAAUAUUAUGAAUUUCAUUUCCAGUUGAUUAAGAAAAGAUUGAAUUACUAGAAAACUUGUGUCAGCAGUAAAGAGUAUAUUGAGUUUUUCAAUAUGUCCAGUCAGGAAUCGCAUGGUGUUGUAUUGCCUUCUGAUGAUAGCUACCUAGGUGUUUUUCCUGAACUUCAAAAUUUAGACCUUGUAUUAUUAAGAUGCCAGUACUGUGAUAAAUGUCUAAUGCCGAAUGUGUUGAAAGACCACACUGAGCGUUGUCCAAGCCGAAAGAGGUUGCCUGAAAAAACUCUUUCUGCAAGUGUAGAAACAGAUCAGCUUCGUUCUGUUAAAACUCCAAGAUAUAAAUGUGAAAGUCCACAAAUUUACCCAGAAAAUGCAGAUACUGUACCCUGCAAAUUUUGUGGCUUUAGAGUAAAACUCUCGCAUCUAAAUUUACAUUUUGAGCAAAUGCAUAGGUUUUCUUCCACUCCAAUAAGUUCAGGUAACUCAUUGCCUAAUGUGAAUUCUUCUGCAUUGUCAGAAGUAGACACUUCCAGUUCUAACUCCUCUCCCGUUUGGGAGAGUGAUAAGAGUAACACUUAUGACAGUUUGUCAUCUUCAAGUUCAAACUCUGUUAAUAUUGUCAGAUUAAAACAUGACAAAUCUAAAUUUAUUCCAAAAGAUACUGUGAUACCUGUUGUUCCAUUAAUGCCAAGCAGUUCAAGGUCGUGUGAAACUACUCAGGAACCAGUAAUUUCAGAUGAGAAACCUCCUUCCCCUGCUCAACAAUUUUUAGCAUCCUUACCAAAUCAUAAGAUAUCAAAUCUACAAGCUAUGCUUCCAGUGACAACUUCAAAUAACAUUGUUUCAACUCCUUGUUCUACUCCAGAGACUUUCAAAUGUCGUUCUUUUUUCGAGACUAUUGAGCCCUCCUCUUCCUUUGUUACCACUGUUAAAGAGUCUUCUUCGGAAAUGGGAAAAACUCCUAAACUUAUCAUUAGGAGAGUUUCACAUCAAAAUCCAAAUGAUGUAAGAAGAAUUGCUCUUAACAAAGGUAUCAAGGAAAACCCUAAUGCAGAUAACUUACGCUGUUUUUUAUUAACAAAAGGACAAAGCCGUCCACAAAAAAUAAAACCUUCCAAGCAUCAGGUGAAGUUUAGUGAAGCAAACAAAGAGAAAGAAAUUCCUAUAGAUGAGCGUGAUGAGUAUUUAAGAGCUUCUGAACAACAAAUAUCCAUUUUAACUGGUCGCAUAGAAGUCUUAAACAGACAAAUUGAAAAAUUAACUGGACAAGUUGGUCCAUUACGAAUAGAAAAUGAAGAAUACAGAGCUGAAAUUAGAAAUCUUAGAUCUAGAGUUGAAGAAUUAGAAAAUAGCACCACUACUCUUAUUGAACAAAGAAAUUUACGAGUUAAGAAUGAUAAAAAAAUUGAAGAAUUGAAACAGAGCUGGGAGCGUGAAAGAUUUCACUUUACACAACGUCUUGAAGAAAUGAAAACAGAAUUGAGUGAUUAUAAAAAUUCAUCAGCUGUAGAAAAGCAUAAACUAACUCUGAUGAACAUCCAAUUUGAAAGGAAGUAUACUUUGCAAGAAGCACUGUUAGAUAAUCUUCAAAAAGAGAAAGAAAUAUUAGAACGCCAUCUACCACCCAGUGUACACUAUCGACUUGCUACAAGUGAGCUAGUGGACAUUCAAAACAGAAGAUCUGUUAUUUAUGCUUGUUUAAAUGGUGCUAUGGAUUGCCAUUUGAACACUCCCCAAACGAUGGCUCAACCUCCUCGAAAUAGUAGACAAAUUCUUGAUAUGACUGAAUACAUUCCUAAGGAUACUUCAGCAGUUGAAAUGUUACAAACAAGUAAUGGACAAUUGAUCAAAAUUUGUAAUCUUACUGAUAACAAAAUUCAAUAUCAGGGAUAUUCAACAGAAAUGACUGAUGUGAAUGAGAUAAUUAAUUUGAAGGGAGAUGGCAAUAGCAGUAAUGAAGGAGCUGGUGUUUCCUAAGAGUAUUGCUAAUGAACAGAUCAAUUUAGUUUGAAAAUUUUCUUUUGAGGCACCUUGCUUGCUGCAAAUUGAAGUAAGGAAUUAGAAAAAGAAAAAAAAAACUUGCCUCUUCAAAGAUAAAAAAGAAACACGGCUUGCAUUCAUUCUAUUUAAACCUUAUGGAAAGAUCAAUGGACAUGUAGAAUAUGAAAUUCUACUGAAUAUGAAGUUUAGAGGCUAAAUUUUUACUUGCUUACAUUGGAGUGAAAGCAAGAAUUUAUAAAAUGUGAUAGCUUCAUUUUUUUUUAUUUAUUGUAUAAAUUAUUAUGUUUUAUUUUUGUUAUAAUUCUCUAAGUGAAUUAUACUAUUGUCUUUUUUUCCCCUUUAAAAGUAAUAUAUCAGGAUAAGCAGAUUCUUGCUUAAUUUAUUUUAAGCAUUUGGCCAUUGAAAUGCCUUCAAUUCUAUUGUAUCUGAUUUAUCAUAUAAAAUUAAUUACUUAAAAAAAUAAGUAGCAUAUAAUAUCCAUUUCAUUUUGCAAUUUAUUAUCUACAGAUGUGUACAUUUUACCUAGGCUAACCAGAAUUUUUUUUUUUUUUUUUAAAGGAAGAAAAAAAAGUUGGCAUUGCUUAAACUGGUUACAUUUUUCAUCAUAAAUUUUUGCAUUAGGUUAUUAAACAAUGUGUAAACUUUCGGAAGCCAUGAAUAUAGUAACCAACCCUCUGUUUAAAGGCAAUAUUUUUAUACUUGUAUUGGUUCAAAACUACUGACUUGAUAAUUUCAAAGAAUAAGAGUAAAUUAUAAAAUUCUUCUUCAUGCAGUAGGACCCAUAUUUACGGAGGAGCUUGAGAAACAGAAAAACUUUGUAAUAACACCUACCGCUUAAUCUGAAUUUAAGGUUAGUGAGAAAAAAAACAUAUGUUGUUAUUUAUGAAAUGUUGAUUACUUAGAUUGUUGAUUAUUUCAUUUAAUUUCGUUUGUAACACUAUCAUGCAUUAAAUUAGAGGUCUUUGAUUCUACUUAGUCCACCAGUGAUAAUAAUUUAGUAUUUCUCCGAAUUAUCUCAUUGAGUUCAAAGGAAUAGUUACAUAAAAACGGAGAAAGACUGUUAAGUAAAAAUUGUUUUAGAUGGUAAUGGGUAGUGCAAAGUUUGAAGCUGAUGCCUAUGAAUAAAUUGAUGACGUAGUUUUCUUUGUAUUUUAUUGAGAUAAAAAUGAUAAAUCAACUAACAGACACUGAUUUGGAUCAAAAACUCAAAAAAAGUUGAAUGGCAGAUCAGCAUCUGAAGAAUUUUUUUAGAAUUGCAACUGCAAAUAUUUGAAACAAUAUUGCAGAUUUCACAUUAAGCCUAAAAUGGUAUUCAUUAUUUUUUAAUAUAAUUUUUGUACUGGAGUACUGCUGAUGUAAUAAGUUUUUCAGUAUUGAUAUAUUUUGUAUGUUUCAGGCAAUAAAAAAAUAGAAAAAUCAAUUGAUUCUGGUCUAAUUUAACUUAAGUUUAUAGCAAAUAAUAACAUAAUUAGAAUUCACCAAAUUUGGGAAGUCAUGCUAAAAUUUGCUGUGUUUCACUCCUGAUUCCUUGACUGAUUUGAUUUGUCUGAUGUGUGGCUUAAAAGAUAUCAAGAAUUUAUUAAUGUUUGCUAAUGCAAAUGGUUAAAGAUCCCUAACUUAAAUUUUCAUGUGUAUUUUCUAUAGUUUUAAAGAAAAGUUAAAGGUUUUCUAAAGAAUCUACAGCACUAGUACUUAUCAAUAUUUUAAGCAAAAUUUCUUAUUCCAAUUCACUACAUUCAUUUGCUUUUUCCUGUACCAAAGUAUAUUUUGCAAUUAUUAUGUAUCAAAAGAAUUUUAAUAAUUUUAAAUGAUUGAUGUGCAUUUUUUAUUUUAAUAAUUUUUUUUCACUACUUUUGAUAUAAUUUUAUGCUUUCAGAAUCAUUUCUUUAUUAUAUCUGGGAACAAGUGAAAAAAAAUUGCACUUUGAUACAUUUAUAGUGAGCUAAACGAAAGAGUCCAAUUCCCUUAUUGAAUUUUGGAUCGUUAUUAGUGGGUCUUACUGUAUCUAUAAUUAUUAUAAAAUAUAAUUGUCUCGUCUAGAAAGUUAUUCGUUUGAUUUUCUUGACAUUCCCUUCUCAAACUGGGUGAUCAAAAUACAUUUCUGCCUAAAGAAAUGUUUUGCAAAUGUACUUCAGAAGAAGUUUUAAGUAUUAAAAUUCAAUGAUAAGAGUUUCAAUGAUAAAUUCAAUGUUACGUAAACAUACCUUACACUUACUAUGAAUUACUACUUAGUGUUAAUAAAACUUUUCCUAAUUAGGCUAAAUUUUAAUAUUUAUUUUGUGAUAAAUAUAUUUUUUAAAUUUAAUUUACCUUUAUGUUUUAAUUAAAUAACAAUCUCCUGAUGUAGGGAUUUUUUUUCAAAUAAUCACCUUUUGUUAAUAUAAUAGUAAUAUUUUCAUUUGGCUCUACCGAAAUAAAGUUAAUCACUUACGUUGUUGAGUAACAAAAUAUGAACUACAAUUUUCAAUUCUAAUUCCAAUAUGUGAUGCUAUUUUAUUAUUCUAUUGCUAUUAAACAAUACUAUUUUAUUAGUGAUUAAAAAUAUAUUUCAAUAAAAAGUUAUUGUUUUAAUUAUUUUUAAACUUAUGUAAUUAAUUAUUUCUUAAUAUAAAAUUUUAAUUUCAAUCAAUGAAAAAAAUGGAAAUAUAAAAAUAUUUCCUUUUAGCUAUAAGCUAUAAACUUUUUAGUUUGUAGCAAAAAAACAUUGUACAUAUUAUUCUUUAUGUAUAAAUGUAAUGAAAUAUUCCUCCUCCUUCAAUUUUUUUUAAAGUUACUUUGUAUAGUAAAAUUUAUUUUUAAUAUUCUUCUUUUUGCAAUGUGAUUAUUUAUAUUACAUAAUUAACUGAACUAUUUUUGUUAAAAAUAGUCUUAAUUGUUCUUCAUAAGGAAUUACUGCUGUAAACAGGGUAAAUAGUGUUGCUGAAAUUGAAAUUAUUUCAGUUAUGUAAAUGCUGUAAUUUUUGUAAAUUUUUUUACUUACAUUUGUUUAUAAAAUAAAAUAGAGUUUUUUUGUAAAUA